CUCUUCCUUUUUCACCGUUAAGACCAUAUAAUACGACACCAAGUUUUUAAAAAAUGAAUCUGGAAACCUAUUUUUCGACUUACUUUGGAGUUCGAAUACUGUCACUUGUUUUAAUGCUAAUGUUGCUGUAUCCAGCACUACGAAGCGGAAAACAUAGAACACUCAUAUCACUAUACGUUGUCGAAUGUUUGUCGGAUAUCAACAGCAUCAUCUUUUUGGGUGUAGAGGCAUCGAAAAUCCUGGCGACACCUACUACAGCGUUUGUGAUUGAUGGAGUGUGCGAGUUUACUGCAUAUGCGUUCCAAUCCAUUAGUACUGCACGAUCCGUCUUACUUCUGGGGCUCUGUAUCAAUCUCUGGAUGGCAGUUCAUAGACCUCACAUCAAUGCGGAUAGAGACUGGUUCUGGUGGUACAUUUUGAUCACUGUUGUCCUCUCAUUGCUCAGCAGUAUACCGGUUUUCGUUUGGGAACACAUCCAUGAGCCCGAUACCAACGCUCAGACACUCUUUGAAUACUUUGAUUGUUAUGUCAAUGGCCACCUGAUUUCUUCAGCUGUCAUUAUAUAUGCUCAGUUUUCACUCAACGCCGUUAGCAUGAUAUUAAUGUUUCACACUACCUUCACCGUUGUUCGACAUAAAAUUAAAGUUUUCCGCCAUUCUCCUACCGCCACUAAUGAAAUCGAAAAGGCCUUACAGUCUAGAAUCGUUGUUCGUAUGAUGUGCUGCAGCGUUAUUGCUAGCGUAGUGGUUUUCUGGUUGGACCUGCAAGCUGUUAUUGAUAUGGCCAGUAACAAAGAUGAUCAACAAAACCCCACUUUAUCCAACGCUAGCAUAAACAUUUUCAUUGGCGUUUUGGACGCACUAUUCUACUUUUUGGCAUUUGGAACCACCAUGGAAUUCGUCAAUACAUACUUUUUCUGGCUUACUCCUCUUUUCAGCGGCUGCUUCAAGAAAAGAGAUCGUACCUCACAAAGCUCCUAUAAUAGAAGCCGCUUCACUGUUGCAUCGCUGCCACGGUUCAAGUCCACCUUUUCCACAGGCGCAGAGCCUGAGGGCGAGUGGCAAGAGCUGGGCUCCGUCAUUGAGCCCACUGAAAGCAACAAAUACCAACCUGGCCAUGUCUAGGACCAAGACACAUUAUGUUAUGUACUGAAAUCAAUGUCUUCGUGUAUAGUUUGUUUCAUUUAUUUUAUUGUAUUUACCUGAAAAUUUUCAUUAU